ACACAGCAGUUCAUUAUGUCGAUUUCGUUCCCACCUCAGAGAAAGACAAAUCAAUAGAGCACGACACAGACGGUCGCCUAGUGAUAUUAUGCGUUUGCCGGUUUAAAUCAAGCUUUGUCAUUAUAUUAGUGUAUUAAUACGCGAGAAAACAGUUUUGCUUGUUUGCAUCAGGAGAUUGGUGUUAUUGUAAUAAAAAACAAUGGCUGUUGAAACAGGUGAUGCUAGUUUUAUUAGCAAGCUAGAUGAGGAAGGAAAGAAGAAAGCUAGAGAAGAGCUACAUGAGUUAAAUGAUAAAGACAGAGAAAUUGCUGUUCAAACAUUUAGGCAAUGGGUGUUGGACCAAGACUGGUUAAAGACUCCUACAGAUUUUGCCUUCCUUCUUCGCUUUUUAAGAGUAAGGAAGUUCAGCCAGCUUGGUGCUCGGGAAACUCUUGAAAACUACUGGAAAGGUAGGACAAAUAUUCCAGAAUGGUUUCGAAACGUUGACCCGACAGACGAAACUAUGAUGGAAAUCAUGCAAACUGGUUGUUUUGUCUGUCCAAAGAAGUAUGAUAAAUCUGGACGCAGAAUGUUGCUUUGCAAAUUAGGUUUGUUAAGCCUUGAUUUAAUCCAUCGAGUCGGAGCUGACAAUAUAUACAAAGCAUCUUUCCUUGUUUACGACUGGUUAUUACUUGAUGAGAAAGUUCAAGUUAAUGGUAUGAUCGUUGUGGUUGACUACACUGAUUUUUCAUUGCAACAAAUGAUGGCGACAACUAACGCUGACAUAUCAAGGAAAUCUACACCUUUAUAUCAGAAAGCACUACCGAUGAGACUGAAAGGGAUACACAUGUACAAUGAAUCUGCAAUCAUAGAUGUAUUUAUGUCAUUCGUCAACCCAUUCCUACGACAAAAAAUAAAAGACAGGUUUAAACUGCAUGGUAAAAGUCUCGUGAAAUUCUACGAAGAUGUUGGAAUGGAAGUUCUUCCUGACGAAUAUUUACCGGAUGAAUACAAAGGACCAUCAGCUGGUUCAAGAAAGGAAAUUAUAGACGGCAUGCUGGAUGAUAUGAUGAAACCAGAGUUUCGAGAAUAUAUUAAGAAUAUAUCAAGCGACAAAUACAGAGUGGAUAAAGAGAAAAGAAAAGCUAACGAUGAACCUGUCGCUUCUUUUAGGAAGUUGAACGUUUCAUGAAAGUCAAAAUGACUUACAGACAAUAUCAGUUUUAAUGUUGUAAUGUGUAAUGUAUUUAUCAUGUAUAUAUGUAUUUCAUUCAAUUCAAAUGUAUUAUCAAAGGCAGUAGAAAAUAUCAGUGGCAUUAAAAAUAUAUACAAAG